AAUGGUCCUACAGUGCAAGAGACCAAUGGCACUGAGCAUAAACAGAUAACCAACGAAUCACUCCUAAAUGGUGAUCCAACAUCAAGUAGUCAACAGGAAAACUCUGAUGAUCAAGCAGUUUCACUAAAGAAGCAAGAGAGUCCUGUAGAAGAUCUCAAUGCCAGUAACACAAACAGUGAUGAAUUGCACCAGUUUGUUGCAAGGGUUCAUAAACUGCCAGCGCCCUCCGGAACCCUGGCGCAAAACUUGAUGCGUCUCCUGGACAGCGAUUCUUCCACCUUCAGUGAUGUUGCUCUGGUACCUGCUAAUGAUACCAGGAUUCCUGCGCAUAGAUUUCUUCUUCACUGCCGCUGUGAGAUCUUUGCUGCUAUGUUAGGAGGUGGAUGGAUAGAGAGUGAGACGCAAGAGAUACAAAUGAAAGGCCUUGAUUUCACCAUGAGUCGUCUGGUUGUGGAAACCAUUAUACAGUUCCUGUAUGGAGGUGCUGCCAGUCUUUCAGAUGAUGUUAACCUCAGAGAUCUCCUUGGUGCAGCUGAUAUGUAUGGGUUAGAGGGAUUGAAAGAAGUCACUGCCUUUCAUCUCAAAAGAGACUGGUGUCAUCUCUUUCACAAGCCACUGUGUGCUGAGUGCUCGGCCCUGGUACCACAUUGCUAUGCGUUAAGUGAGAGUUUUGGAUUGCCUGACCUAUCUCAAAUGUGCCUCAGGUGGAUGUCCAAAAACAUGGACCGUUUCUGGGUCCAAAAGACAUUCUCCAAUUUACCUCCAGAGAUGCAUGAAAAGUGUUCAAAAGAUGUCAUGGAGAUUUUGAACGGUAAAAAUGCUAUUGAGGUCUUGUUCCAACUGGAUAAAAUCAAACUUGGCCUUCCUCUAGGCCACAGCUCCUGGGCCGAACCCGCCAAGGAGAUCACCUCCAAAACAUGGAAACAAGUCCUGCAGUUUGCAGCCAGCUACUUUCACGACAUCGUUGAUGGAUCAAUGUUUGAGGAUAAAUAUCUGAAGGGCAUGGGCUGGAAGAAGGACGUGAUGGAGCCAUUGUUCAGGAAGGUGGUUGCCGGACUGUCGCUGGGGAACGCCGAUCUGAACUUCAGGGCCGUCUGGCGACUCUACAAGAGGGAGAGAACAGACAAAGAGAAGGAAGACGGGAAGACGCCAGAGGAGGAAUGGAACCCAGAUGCGUAUACAGCUUUUGGUGGAUUCUAUGAUAAGAUCUAUAACUACGUGGUGAGCAACGCAAGUUACAUCGUCAAUACAGAAGUCUUUAAACAAUUGCCUGAAGAUCUUCAGAAACAGAUAAGAAAAGAUGCAGUUUAUGUGGAUACAGGCAUGUCCAAGACACUUAAGAAACCUGUUCUCUCCAGCUCGCAAAGGCCCAAGUCUGCUCAGGUGAGGAGGACACUCUCCCAUCCUCUCCGAGCUUCGUCUCCUGCAUCCUCCACCUCCUCGGCCUCCUCCGUAUCAUCUGCCCCAUCCUCAUCCCGGAGAGGAGGAGGAGGGACUGGGUCAGCAAGGGGUGCAAGGGGUUCAUCGAGGGGUGCAGCAGGUUCAUCAAGGGGUGCAGGAGGUUCGUCAAGGGGUACAAAUGGUCCGGCUAGAGGUGCAGAAAGUGGGUCUGCAAGGGCAACAGGUAGGGGUGGUGCAGCAGGCAGAGGAGCUGAUGGCUUAGCAAGGGGUAAUGGAACUGGUAGGUCUAGGGGUGAAGAAGCAGGGGCGGCUGGUGUGGGUGGAGCUCAGAGACCAACAAGGCCAAGGGACGGAAGACACCCUCCUGGGCGUUGAAAAAUAAAAAUAAAAACAAAUAAAUAUGUUGAUCCAUAAAGAUGCAUUCCCAAAACUAUUCCGUUGGGAGCAAUAUAUGUAACAUGUAGAGUACAAUUGUAAGCAAGCUAAAAUGUAGACAUUGAAAUGGAAUAUGAUGGGAUAUGACGUAAUGAUUCAUGUUUGAUACAAUGUAUCCAUGAUUACUGUAUAUGUACAUGAAGUGGGACAACUAUCAAUCAAUCAGUCAAUCAAAUGAGUUCACUACUUUGAGUGUACCACAUGAAGAAAUAUCUGAUAAUCAAUAUUAUGAAAUUGUAGAGCAUGAUAUGUUUUAUUGAAUAGGAUGCAGGCAUGGCACUUUCAUGUUGAAUAUGUUUGGUUUGUUGUAUAAAUAUAUGAAAUGUUUGGAAAACAUUUUAUUUGCAAUGUAUGAACUAUGUUAUUGGUAAAAAGAAGAACGUUAUGUUAGAUUUUUAUACAUUUUUUGAUGUGUGCAAUUAUACCAAAGUUUGUCUUAAUUUGCUACUUAAACCUCCACUGAUGCAAUAUAUUUCUGUGUGAUUUUGUAAAUAUUUGAGAAAGACCAAUUUAUUUUGUAACUUUAAUUUAUAUGAAUUUUAUAAAAAAUCAACCGGUUUGGUUGCUUGGAUAUGGUAUGAUACAAAAAUGUACUCAUUUGACUGGUCGGUCAAUAUAUCAGUGAAAAAAUGACCGGGAUUGAAAUGUUAUGAUCCUUGCAAUCAACAUCAUGUGAUGAGCUAUGGACCAAUCACACCUUUGUAAUAAAAGAGCUUUCUAAUAUAACAAAUGAGGAAUGAUACUGCAUGCUUAUUAAAGGGAAAUUCCAGGGGUCGUAUUCUGAGAUUUAUUUUAAAGGUAAAGACCAGUAUUGGAAACGCCCUAAUUUCAAAAAAUGAAAUGGAAGCGCUU